CGCCUUCGCCUAUCAGUCCACGUUUGACUUUCGAACGUUAUACAUGCGCGGGAAUAUUGACAUCAUCGCCAUUUUUUUUGACGUAAAUCAAACAAUGUUUUAAUUAGUUAUAAUCGUGUGUUGAAGAUGAUAAUUAAUUGAUGAAUAGAUCUUCUAUUAGAUAUAGUGACUCAAAAAGUGUUUUAAGUGAAAGUGUUUAAUUUUUCAAAAUGAAAUCGUCGACUAUGUUAUUCGGCGGAUUUAUAUUACUGGCUGUUUUGUAUGGUGCAGUCCAGCCGUUAUGUGUACUCGAAUCAGACUUCGGGUUCAAAAUAAACUGUGCCUUCAAAAAAUCAGGACUAUUCAGAGUAAGGAAUCUGGGUGGAGUUAAAGCUCACGCUAGCAUAGGUUUCAGUCUUGGAGACGAGCUAGGAUUCGAUCAGUCCCUCACCAACCAGGACCCCAGCAGACGAAGAUCUGUAAACUUCAAGAAUGGAGCUCCAAAUAUACUGGUCGACACUACCAACCGCCCCGCGGCCGCGGCCAAGCAAGAAAAACGUGGCAAACAGAAUCGUAUAAUGAUGAGGCCGGUGGCACCUGUCACAAAACCGAACCAGGCGUCGAUGGACAAGUUGUCAUCCUUACACAGACGUGUUUCAACCAUGGAUCCUAUCGUGGUUCCCAGCCCCGAGACGCCCGUCUUCAAACCGCAACCCGCGGUAACCAUGGCUAAACCCAUGCCCAUGGGCAUACCCGCCUUCAAACCAUUACCACCUAAGGAAGAAACCCUGAAGGUGCUCCCAAUAGCCGCCAAGAAGACGUACUCCCCAUGGCCCGUCCCGCAAUCCAAACCAGGAACUGUCUACCAAAGUGAGAUAUCACCAAUACAGUACCAUACCAUGAAAAUCACCAAACCACCAUACAAGUCAUCCAACAUCAACCCAUUCGUUCCCAUACCGUCACAGACAUCUAUCAUACCAUCGAAUCACUUGCCGAUCCAAACCAAUCCCAUUUAUAACUUUGUAGACCCAGUACCUCACCAGGUCCACGACAUAGCGAACAGCUAUCCAGCUUACAGCACCAAGAAGAUAGACGAUUACAACAGCAUCAGUGGCUACAGUGACGACACCGCCUUGAAGUUCAAUAAAGAAGAUAUAGACGCUAAGAUAGCCGAGAUAGCCAAGGCUGGGAACAUCUCCACUGAAGCCGUCGAGGCGGCUAUAGCCCUCAGACAACAGCAGCUGUUGAGCAAAUACGCUAACAUACCAGCUCCGACAACCACUACAACAACGACCACAACAACAGAGACUGUUGUGUAUCAAGAACCCGAGCCGGAAAUCAUAGUGGCGCCUGUGCCGCAGAAACCGAAGAGAAACCCAACAACAGGCAAAGUGAUGAACGCCCCUCGCGAGUAUUACCCCGUGGGAUACGAAAAGAAUUUCGAUGAUCACUUCCAGUCCAAAGUGGAUCUUCCAGACACCAGCUUCCACUGUGGGGAUCAGAAAUACUUCCCCGGACUGUACGGCGACGAGACGCUAGGAUGCAUGGUGUUCCACGUGUGUGCUCUAACAGACGACGGGCUGGUGAUGAAGUCGUUCCUGUGCCCGGAGUCCACGCUCUUCGACCAGACCAUCCUCAAGUGCAACUGGUGGUUCUACGUCGACUGUAAACACACCACCAGCCUCUACGACACCAACAUACCCGUCUCCAAGAGCUACCAGCUCAUGAAGGCCCUCACCUUCUUCACCUCUUACAAAAAGGAAAUGGAAAAUGGUCAGGCCAUGAACCCUGAAGAUAUAGGCGGAGUUAAAGACGCCAUAACGAUACUACAGAACCAAGAUGCCAAGACGGCCGAGAGUGAACGCGUACAAGUAGUGACGUCACAUCCGCUCAUAGACGAGAGAAGCAGGAGAGACAACUAUACAGCACCGGUCUACAGAGGAACCAGAGAAUAUAACGAGACAGAGAAAGAGACAGAGAAAGACUUCAAAUAUGUUAGAGUUAGAGCAGACAUUAGUUACAGCAACAAGACUAGCAGCACGGAAGAGAAGAAUAGACGGAGGCUGGCUCACAGAAACAGAGGCGGGGCUGUUACUACUACUACAACUACAACAACUACUGCAACUACAAAGAAACAUGCUGAGAGUCCACUUGUAGAGAUCAUGAAGCAAGAAAUACAACCCAUAGAGGUAGAGACCAAGAGAGAGACACUCACAGACCAGCUAGACGAUACACAACAAGACAAGACAGACACCCGACCUGUUAGAAGGUUCUACAGGUCGAGUGGAGAGAGAGGAGAUACGAGGGAGAUAAGAGGGACAGAGAUAGAGAUAGUCAACAACGAGAGGGUGCAGAUUGUGAGACCGGCUAACACCGAGUCUAGACUAGACGACGCGGUGCUAGGCAGGUCUAGACACAAGGACAGAGAUCAAUAUACAUAAUAAAUUAGUCAAUUUAGUGUCAUAGAGAUUAAUUUAUUUAUUCCUCAAUGUUCACGUGACACGUCACGUGUAUCCGGCGUGACGUCGUUACGUGUGUGUGCUCAAUUUUUAACGUAGUCUGCCUUCAGUCAAGUGAUAUUACGGUGUAUGUUUU